GUGCCUUUCCGUUAUAUUAAUAAAUCAUGGAUGGCCAGCCGUUCGUAAGCUUCUCCACGAAGAUUCCUAUCCUCUUGGAACUUGACGAGACGACGUGCUGAUUUCUUGAUAUUUCGAUGCGUGCUUGAUCUCGACAGUGUAUAAUAUACUAAUAUUAUUUGAUCGCUGGCGAUUGACUCAUAUAUCAUCACGCAACGCAAACAUUGAACGAAACAUCUCUCCAGCCUAGGUAUUCUUCUUGCAUUCCGAUAAUCCCACACCUUAUCUCGCGAUCAUUCUACGAUAUCUCACACAUUCAUCAUGGUUUUCGGAUGCUUUUCUUCUCCUAUCAUGAAGCGGAAAUGGAAGUUUCCCAAGGUGAUCAUCUGGCUCAAUGUCAUCGAGCUCGCGGGAACGAUCGCAGCGCUCGUCAUGUUCGGUAUCGCAGAUCCGGAUUUAUAUCGAACGAAUUUAUGGCAAAUUGGUUACGACAAUGGAUUUAACAGUAGUCCGGAUGAGGUUCUAUAUGCUUAUGCGAAUUAUCGUCCGUUGCCAAAGAUUGCUUUUGUUUGGAGUCAGACAUUACAAAAUUUCAAUAUUGGAAUCUCGGUUCUGUCUAUGUUCAUCCAACUUUGCAAAGUUGUCAUGUUCAUUAUGCAUAUUUGGUAUCCUCUUCUCUCGACUGUCAUCAAUGGACUUCUUACAGUCUGUUGGAUUGUCAGCAUAUACGGACAAGCCGGACCAGAUCAUACUGAUCCAGAUCACCCAAGUAAUGUGGCUUGGUAUAUUGCGAAGAGUUGUUCAUAUGCCGCGCCUAGUGGAAAUGAACAUUAUUGUCAAAUGGCAAAGGGAACUUUUGCUGUUACGGUAUUUAUGAUGGUCGUAUACCUCGCAAAUACAAUUCUCGGUAUCCAUUCUCUGAUUCCUUCACGCCUCGAACGUUCAGUCAAUGCACUCGAUCUCGAAGAUAAUAUCGAAACAUCUACCAAAGCAGGCAAGAGAGUAAAGACAACAGAUUCUCCGGAUUCGGAGAGACAAUGGGAAAUGCAGAACAUGGAGCAAAGUAUGGAUCCUUCCAAACAACCUUUUACACCAAGAACUUUGGCUUUCAAAUCUUUGGAUAGGCAAUUACCGUUGAGGGCUACAUCUGCACCGAGAUUUGCGUGAAUAUUGUUGUGGAUUUUGGGUAAGGAGUUGGUGAAUUCAUUAUUGGGGAUGGGAUGAUUAUUUACGAUUGUCUAAUUGAUAGGCAUCAUGUGAGAGGGCAAAUAAGACCACAAUUUCGGGAUGAAUUUGUUUCAUGAAUUUGGAUGGCCAGGAAAUGGACCAGCGAGAAGCAAAUAUGGAAAAGAAUGGACACGGAGUAGUGACCGUCGCUUGAGAUACCAAGGGAAUGAGAAGGGAUUUGUAUAAUGUGUUUUAAUGCUUAUGAGAUACUGAGAUACUUGGUUCUUGUUUUUGCUUCUAUGUUUAUAUCAUUUGGGUAGUUUGAUAGGUAAUAUCCUACUAAUGUUAUCCUCAGAAGAUCUUAUCAUGGGAUUGUUUAAGGGAUGACAUAAAUGUUUGUUUGAAUCGUGAAUAUAUGAGGAAUUAUGGAAAUUAUGGAUGUUAUGGCA